AUGGUAAUGGUAUUGCCAAUAAGAUGGCAUAGUACAAGUUUAAAUUUUAUUCAGCCGCCAAAGGUUAUAUAUGGCUUUCAUUCCGAGCAGAAGGAGCCCCGUUCUAGUCUUUAUUUGACCAAUUUCAAGAAAGUAUGGGCCCAGGUUUUAAACCGCGAGGAAAUGAUUGCAAAAGCAAAAAGCUUAGGUAUAGAUGAGGUGAAUAAUAAGGUAUUGGCCGAAUUAGUGAAUGCUAUUGAGCCCCAAAUGGCACUGAGGUUGUCGUUUGACCAGAAGGGGCCAAUUAUAUUGGUUAAAGUUGAUAUUGGGGUAAAUUGGACGUUUGAUCUACAAGAGUUGAGUCCAACUGAGACUAUUGAGUUUCUCGCAAAGUUGAAUUACCAGCAAUUUGCUAAUACCUGUUUCUUAAAUUUUCAAAUAUGCAAACUAAAAUCAAUCAUUGAUGUAAAGGACUCGUAUGCAAGAUUUGUGGCCACGAAUUUCGAACAAAGCCAUGGAAACCACUUACUUAAAACCUAUAGGAAAAACAAUAUUGGCGAUGCUGAGUCAAUUGAUACAUUUGAUCAAAGUGAAUGGCAAGAAAAAGCAACUAACGAGUAUCGGAAAAAGAGAUUAGAUGCAAAGUUUUCAAGAAAUCAAAUUUUGGACAAGAAUAUCGAUGUUGCAAUCUCAAUACCAUGGGAGUUUGCAAACGAAGGAUUAGCAUGCGAAAAGGAAGUUGUUGAGGAUGUGGAAGAGGCGGACAGUCACAAACACAAGCAGAAUUUUCCCAAUUCAUCACCUACAAGACCAAGACAAAGGAUCGGCAUGAUGCUGGGCCUAAAAAGAAGCCAAGAUGACAAAGCGCCGUCUUCUCCAUCGCCAAAAAAAACUCGAAGAAUUGGACAGCUAUGA